CGGAAUCGUCACGUGGUAAGAACGUCUUUUCUAAUUGGCCGAACCGCGACCGUCGCUGAUCCAAGAUGGCGCAGCCCGGAGUGGAGCAUGUCGUCGCAGACGCGGGAGCUUUUUUGCACAAAGCUCCUCUCCAGGACAUUGGGAAGAACGUCUACACGCUGAGGGAGGUGGUGGACGAGAUUCGGGACAAAGCUACCAGGAGGAGUCUGGCCUUCCUCCCGUACCAGCUCAACCUACGGCAGCCUGCGGCCCAACACAUCCGAUUGGUGACUGAUUUCUCCAAGAAGACGGGAGAUUACCCCAGCCUGUCACCCACCGACAUCAAAGUUUUGGCUCUUACGUUGCAACUGGAGGAGGAACACGUCGGGACGGGACAUCUGCGCAAAGAGCCCCGCCACCAGGUGGAUGUGAGCGACACGCAUCGCCACCCGGAGACGCCCGUCAAUGUGGCGGGAUUCUACUUCCCUUCCAAGGGUUCUGAAUGCAAGCAGGAAGUGAGGAGCACGCCGGCGUCGCCUGAAACGGAAGCGGACAACUUCAACAGCUUCCUGUUCUGGAGGCAAACGCCGGCCCCCGUUGACAACCACCUGUUGGCUUUACUGGAGGAAGGUGCCGUGCAGGAAGUCACCGGGAGAGAUGAAGAGGAGGAGGAAUGGGAGGGCGAUGAUGACGAAAGCGGAGCCUGGAUCACGCCCAGUAACAUCGGGCGGAUGAAAACAGACUCCUCUGAUUGGACGGCAGAUGCCCAGGUCAAAGUUGGAUGUCUGACCACAGACUUUGCCAUGCAGAACGUUCUGAUCCAGAUGGGGCUCCACGUGGUGUCGCUCCGCGGAAUGUUAAUCAAACAGGCUCGGAAUUACAUCCUCAGAUGUCACGCUUGCUUCACGACCACCAGCAGCAUGAGCAAACAGUUUUGUCCAAAAUGUGGCAACCGAACGCUCAAGAAGGUCAGCGUCAGCGUGGACGAGGACGGACAUGUGCACAUGCACUUCUCCAGCAACCCCAAAGUGCUCAGUGCACGUGGCCUCAGGUAUAAUUUGCCGCUCCCGCGGGGGGGCAAGCACAGCCAGAACCCGCUCGUGUGCGAGGACCAGCGCUUCCCUCAGCAACGUCUGUCCCGAAAAGCCCGCCAGAAGACGGAUGCGUGGGACCCGGACUACGCGGCCGGCGGGGCGUCACCUUUCUGCCAGAACGACAUCUACAGUCGUGCCGCCAACCUCAAGCUCAGAGACGCCGACUGCGGCGCCGGACGCCGCAGAGUCAACCCUAACGCCGCCCGCAGAAAGUGCAACAAAUGAGCUGCCUCCUAUGCCCCGUCCGGGUCGGUCCGAUCGAAAUUAAUUCCACAGUAAUUGGGGAUUCACGCUUUGCAGUUGUUUAAAAUCUCAUUCAACCAGAAA